ACUGUAUAAAUUGAAACGCACGUCAAGUUGGAAAACACAGUCUCAUCUAUAAUUUCGAAUAACAAAAGAAUGGCGCACUUUUCUGUAGUUUCACUCACCCAAGUUGUUUUGCUGUUGGUUUUCAUCUGCUGGACGCCGAGUUCGACUGGCGCUGCCUUUUCAUUGGAGGAAGAAUUCCUACAAUUAAAGGAAAAUUAUAUUCAAAUGAAACAACUCUUUGAAUCAACAACGAUUGAACAGCAGGCCAAAAAUGCCCAACUGGAGGCGCAACUUGAACUAAAUAAUGAACAAAGACAAGAUUUGGCAUUGAGAGUAAAACAAGUAGAGGAAAAAAAUGUCCAACUGGAAGUCAAAAUUCAGGAUCAAGAAAGAAGAUUAACUUCCUUAUUGGAAGUUUCCACUGAUUCAAAAUUAUUUCAAAAUAAUAAUAAAAUUGCAAUUCGAUCAACUGGAAGGAGCGGAAUUCCAAGGACAUGCAGAGAACUUCGUGCGAUCGAUCCUUCACUUUCAUCCGGAAUGCACUGGAUCGAUCCGGACGGAGAAGGUGUCGGCGAUGAUCCAAUUUACGUUUACUGCGAUAUGACAUCAGGAUCGACCUCAAUUCUACACGAUAGUGAAUCUUCUUUAAAUGUCGGUCACUGCGCCGAGGCCGGGUGCUAUUCCCGUUCCAUCAACUACAAUUCGUCAAUGGGACAAAUCAAAGCUUUGAUGGAAUUAUCCAGCGAAUGCCAUCAAUCGAUUAGAUACGACUGCAACUAUGCUGCAUUCGAGUUAAGUGGCUUCGCCUAUUCCUGGUGGAACGACAGAGAAGGAAAUCCGCAAUACUUUUGGGCCGGAAAUAACACGGACGGAGUUCACACCUGCCAGUGCGGAAUCGAUGCAAAUUGCGUCGAUCCUGCGGCGAAUUGCAAUUGCGAUGCUCUUUUGCCAAUUCAAUUAGUCGACGACGGUGUCAUUACCGACAAAAAUGUUCUGCCCGUCACUCGUUUGAAUUUCGGACGAACUCAACUGGAAACUUCAUCCGGCGUCCACACGCUUGGCCGACUCGUGUGCACCGGAUUAGUUUUGAUGCCAAAGUCAUGUCAGGAUUUGUGGUUAAUUGGCCACACCCUGAACGGAAUUUAUUCCGUCUUGGGAUCUGCGAAAAUGGAAUCCGUUUACUGCGAUUUCACUAAACUACCGGACGAUGCGGGCUUUCAGAUUUGGAUCGGAUACGUCGACGUUAAAUCCGCGCCCGUUUAUUUCUACGUCCAAAGAAAUGCUACAUUUUACACAAUGUACACUCCGAUUCCCUUCGAGUUGGCGCGGGUGAACGAGGGAAAUGCCAUGAAUUUGUCAUCGGGCAUAUUCACGGCACCGCGACCGGGAACUUAUUUUUUCUCUUUCGCGGGAGUGGCGCGUCUUGCAUCUUCAGUUGCUUAUGCUGGGUUUGAUUCUUUGCUUAUUUUGAACGGGUAUAUAAUCGGGACGAGUAAUGUUCAAGAGAGUAAGGGCCCCGUUUCUCAACAAAGUCCGUUUUCCCUCCAGUCGACGCUGAACCUGAAAAAAGGCGAUCGAGUCUGGGUGCAGAUUUAUUAUGCUAAUGAUACUGUUUCAUUCGCGGCUUUGGUUGACAACGACAACGGCAACGUCGGUAACCACCACACUCAUUUCACGGGUUUCAUGUUGGAGGAGGAAAUUGUCGCGUCCCUUUGAGGUUUUGGGUUCGACAUUUAAAAUUCACAAAAUGAACGGCGACACGAAAAUUUGGGGAAGGGAAUUUUAAGGGGGAAGGGAAGAUAAUGCAUUCGACUCUAAUUCAUUAAAGAAUGAACAUUUAUUUACCAAAAUUUAACUGUGGAUGUAAUUACCCUUACUAAAUACACAGGCAAAGUUGGAAACUUCUAUCUGCAAA